GUUAUGAUUACGAGUAGUAAUAAGAUUAUUAGUGCAUUGGCAUUAUUAAGUAGAAGCAAUAUAAGAAGUAGAAAUAAUAAUUCAUAAACCUGCUGUUCUUCGUGUUGAACAGACAGGGCCGCUGUUGGCCAGAGUGUGGCAGUCUUUGAUCGUAUUCGAAACGGUACCUCCCCCAGACUGUGAGAGACAAUAAAAUAAAACUCAACCCUCUGCAUUCGGUUAUCAUCAACACGCUCAUGGACAUGAACAGCUUGUGUUUUUGUCUUCCGUUUCUUGGAUAUAUUUCGUUCAUGUAAUGGAUAUUUCUGUGGAUUACAUUUUCGUACGAAUAAAAGGAAACAGCAUCAAAAUCAUGGGACGGCAAGUACUAUUGUUCCUGUUGGUCCUGUGUCUCGACACGGUGUUUGGUCAGGUCAGCUACGCGAUUCCAGAGGAAAUGGAGAAAGGUUCUUUAGUUGGUAAUGUCGCUCAGGAUCUAGGCAUAGAUUUGAAGAGGCUUAAGUCAGGAAAAUCUCGUAUUCACUCAGGAGGUGGUGCAGAAUAUGUCGAGAUGAACAGAGAGAGAGGAGCCCUCUUCAUCAGAGAGCGAAUAGACAGAGAGAUGCUUUGUGGGGAAACAACGCCCUGCGCGUUGCAUUUGCAGAUGAUUCUGGAAAAUCCUAUGGAAUUAUUUAGUAUAACAAUAGACAUCACAGAUAUAAAUGACAACGCUCCCAGCUUCGCAUCGAUAGAGCAACAUUUUGAAAUCAGUGAGUCCGCUGUUGUCGGGUCUAAAUUUGUGCUUGAGACGGCCGUGGACACAGACAUAGGUGAAAAUGGUCUACAGAGUUAUUCAUUAAAACCAACAGAAAACUUUGCACUAAAAAUAGAGAAUCAAGUCGACGGCAGCAAAACGGUAGAAAUGGUUUUACAGAAGCCACUGGAUCGAGAGCAUCAGGCUCAGUUAUCUCUGUUACUAACUGCCUUAGAUGGUGGCCAGCCACGUAUGUCAGGCACAAUGCAGAUCAUUGUUAAUGUGUUAGACGCAAAUGACAACGCACCGGUAUUCACUAAAUCAGUGUACAAGGCCACGAUCACAGAGAAUUCACCAAAAGGAACCAGUGUUAUUACUGUCAGUGCAUCAGACAAAGAUGGAGGCUCUAACGGGGAAAUUAUAUACAUGAUUUCAAACAGCAAACAUCGCUUGUCUGAUGUCUUUCAGAUUGAUAGACAAUCUGGAGAAGUUACCCUCAAUGGUGAAAUUGAUUAUGAAAAAUCAAAGCUCUAUCAAAUAGACAUUCAAGCUAUAGAUAUGGGCGGACUCUCUGAUUCCAGUAAAAUUCUUGUUGAUAUCAGCGACGUCAAUGACAACAGCCCUCAAUUAGAAAUACUUUCUCAUUCCGAUAGAAUUUUAGAAGACUCUAUUGAAAACACGGUAAUUGCAAUGCUCAGCGUAAAUGACCCUGACUCUGAAAGAAAUGGAGAGGUGAAGUGUGUUAUUAAUGAUGACAUUCCUUUCAAAAUACAAAACACAAGGAAUAGGUUUUACAGUUUAGUUACAGAGGGAGCUUUGGACAGAGAGUCUGAAUCCCAGUACAAUAUAACAGUGAGCUGCUCUGAUGAGGGAGUGCCCUCUCUCUCCAGCAGCGUCACUCUCACCUUACAGAUUUCUGAUGUUAAUGACAACGCACCUGUCUUUGAGAGGAGCUCAUAUGAGGCCUACAUAGUAGAAAACAACACACCAGGUCUGUCUGUAUUCACAGUUAAAGCCAGAGACGCAGACUGGAACCAGAAUGCUCGUGUGUCUUACAUCCUGGAGGACUCCUCUGUUAACGGAGUACCAGUCUCCUCCUAUGUGUCUGUCAGUGCUGAUAGUGGAGUCAUACAUGCAGUGCGUUCUUUUGACUAUGAACAAAUCAAAGAUUUUCAGUUUCGUGUCAAAGCUCAGGAUGGAGGCUCUCCUCCACUCAGUAGUAAUGUGACCGUGAAGAUACUGAUCCAGGACCAGAACGAUAACCCUCCUCAGGUUCUGUACCCAGUCCAGACUGGUGGCUCUGUGGUGGGUGAAAUGGUGCCUCGUUCAGCAGAUGUGGGCUAUCUGGUCUCUAAAGUGGUGGCUGUUGAUGUGGACUCUGGACAGAAUGCCUGGCUCUCCUAUAAACUCCAGAAAGUCCCAGACAGGGCUCUGUUUGAAGUUGGCUUACAGAAUGGAGAAAUCAGAACUAUCCGCCAAGUGACUGAUAAAGAUCCUGUCAAUCAAAAACUGACUGUUAUAGUGGAGGACAACGGACAGCCCUCUCGUUCAGCUACAGUCAUUGUUAACGUGGCGGUGGCUGACAGUUUCUCUGAAGUACUGUCUGAGGUCCCUGACUUUAAACACGACAAGGAGUACAAUGACAACCUGACUUUUUACUUAGUGUUGGCUCUGGCUGUAGUUUCCUUCCUCUUCAUCACCUGUUUAGUUGUUAUUAUCUCAGUGAAGAUCUACAGAUGGAGACAGUCUCGAAUCCUGUAUCACUCCGGUCUGCCUGUGAUUCCAUAUUAUCCACCACGUUACUCUGAUACAAUGGGGACAGGGACUCUCCCCCACGUGUACAACUACGAGGUGUGCAGAACAACCGACUCAAGAAAGAGUGACUGUAAGUUCGGCACAGCUGGUAGUGAAAACAUGUUGAUAAUGGACCCCCGUUCUUCAGUGACGAUGCAGAGGAUACAGAGUGAAAAGAGCAUCUUGGAUGAACUAGACUCUCCUCUAGAGGUUAGAUUUGUAUGAAGCUGUUGUUUUGUGUGUCUUCAUCCCUCAUCAGUACCUCGGACAGCGAAAUGUUUUCUUUCUCCCCUUUCUUCCUCUCUAUUUACAUCCUCCUUUAUUU